CCGUCACAAGCAGUGAAAGGGCUUCACACACGCUUCGACCUGCUCUUUCGGGAUAUUCUCCUUAGUAAGGAGUAGCGAUAGCGGUAGUAGUAGCGAGUAGUCACUUGCGCAUAGUCAUGGAGUUUCUACUCGCAUUGCUAGCGCUUUCGUGCGGUUGUUCAGCCCUUCAUUUACAGCAUGGAGGAAUCAGUCAUUCGUCUCGAUCGUCGAGCGAGCCGCCAGCAACUCUGGAACACUGGCACGAGCUUCCCGAAGUACAUAUGAAUGUUACCCAGCUGAUUCAAUAUAAUGGGUACCCUGUGGAGGACUAUGACGUCACCACUGAGGACGGCUAUAUCUUGUCAGUUCAGCGCAUCCCAUAUGGGCGCGAGGGCAAGUGCAAAGGAGUCAAGGACAAGCCAGUGGUGUUUCUGCAGCACGGGCUACUCUGCUCAGCCACCAACUGGGUGACGAACCUGUACAACGAGAGCUUCGGGUUCAUCCUGGCCGAUCAGUGCUUCGACGUCUGGUUGGGGAAUGUUCGCGGGAAUACAUACGGGAAACGACAUGUCAAGCUACCUGUAGAUUCCGAUGCAUUCUGGGACUUCAGUUUCGACGAGAUGGCAAAGUACGAUCUCCCAGCAAUGAUCGACUUUGUAACCAAGACGACAGGCCAAGCGUCGCUGUACUACGCCGGUCAUUCCCAGGGCACCAUGAUCGGCUUUAUUGCGUUCGCGCACAAUCCAGCGGUCAUCCAGAAAGUGAAGGCCUUCUACGCACUAGCCCCAGUCUCUACCGUAUCCCACAUGGGAGGCGCGCUGAAAUAUCUUGCCUAUCUAUCCCCUGAGAUCGAGUUUCUUUUCAAAGUCCUUGGAGUGCGUGACUUCCUGCCGACAGACGACGUCAUGCGCGUGCUCGCUGACCUGGUGUGCAGACCGGACUACAUUCGCGUGGUGUGCUCCGACUUCCUCUUUCUCAUCGCAGGCAUGGACCGCUCUCAACUCAACGAGACUCGACUUCCCAUAUACAUCUCACACACGCCCGCGGGUACAUCAGUGAAGAAUGUGGUCCACUUCGCACAAAUUUUCCGCGAGAAGAAGUUCCAGAUGUACGACUAUGGCAGUGCGGAGAAAAACAAACACAAGUACAACCAGGACACUCCCCCACAGUACAACGUGUCAGCGGUCAAGGUACCGUCGGCGCUGUACUGGGGAGGCCAUGACGUUCUUGCCGAUCCUACUGAUGUUAAGGACCUGCUGGCUAAACUGCCCCACCAGAUGUACAACAAGUACCUGCCCACGUGGGACCACUUGGACUUCAUCUGGGCGCUGGACGCGGCAAGCCUUGUGUACGAUGACGUCAUCAGGCACAUCAAGUCCAAGGAGAUGGAGGACGCCUCAUAGAUUAUGACAAGAUCCCGUGGGGAGGGGGGUGGGUGGGGAUUCCAGUUCUGAGGAUAAAGGAGGAUCACUAAUUCCCGAGGGGGAGGGGUUACUCGGAUAGGGGGGAGGUACCCUGGGAUCUCGCACCACCAAAAGCCUGACAACGCCACGAAGGAAUGCCGACGGUAGGGCCGUGGCGCUGCUCGGCCUUUGGCUCGACAAGCCUUUGACACCCAGGGUAGGGGGGAAGGGGAGUUUGGGGGCUUUUAUUCCCAUGUUGUCAUUUUUUUACUUGUUUUUAGUCAUUCGAUCUGGGAUUAGUCAAUUAAAAAAAUCAUCUGAAUUAUAAA